UUGUUGUUAGGAAGCGUGGAUGGAUCUCUUAAUAGCAACGACCCUCUUCUCCCAAAACUGCUGUGGAAGAAAUGAGACCUCAGCCAUGCUGAGCUGAUGAUGAUGACGAUAGCUGACAUCAUAAAGCAAUUAAUUGAGGCUCAUGAGCAGGGAAAAGAUGUAAAUCUGAACAAGCUGAAAACCAAGACGUCAGCGAAGUAUGGACUUUCGGCACAGCCACGUUUGGUUGACAUCAUCGCUGCUGUUCCACCACAGUAUCGCAAGGUGCUGGUCCCAAAGCUGAAAGCCAAGCCUAUAAGGACUGCUAGUGGGAUUGCUGUCGUGGCUGUGAUGUGUAAACCACACAGGUGUCCGCACAUUAACUUUACAGGCAACAUAUGUGUGUACUGCCCGGGUGGACCUGAUUCUGAUUUUGAAUAUUCAACACAGUCUUACACUGGAUAUGAGCCAACAUCCAUGAGAGCCAUUCGGGCCAGAUAUGACCCCUAUCUCCAGACAAGACACAGAGUGGAACAGCUGAAGCAGUUGGGCCACAGUGUGGAUAAAGUAGAGUUUAUUGUGAUGGGUGGAACAUUCAUGGCCCUGCCUGAAGAGUACAGAGAUUACUUCAUCAGGAACCUUCACGAUGCCUUAUCAGGUCACACUUCCAAUAAUGUAGCAGAGGCCGUCAGGUAUUCGGAACGAAGCCUGACAAAAUGCAUUGGGAUCACGAUCGAGACCAGACCAGAUUACUGUCUGAAGCGGCAUUUAAGUGACAUGUUAUCCUACGGCUGUACGAGGCUGGAGAUCGGGGUGCAGAGCGUGUACGAGGACGUGGCCAGGGACACCAACAGAGGUCACACCGUGAAGGCUGUAUGCGAGUCUUUUCACUUAGCCAAGGAUGCCGGGUUUAAAGUGGUGGCACACAUGAUGCCUGAUCUACCAAACAUGGGGCUUGAAAGGGACAUGGACCAGUUUGUUGAGUUUUUUGAGAAUCCUGCUUUCCGCCCAGACGGCAUGAAGCUCUAUCCAACACUGGUGAUCCGUGGCACUGGUCUGUACGAGCUCUGGAAGACUGGGAGAUACAAGAGCUACCCCCCCAGCACUCUUGUGGAUCUGGUGGCCAGAAUCCUGGCCCUUGUCCCACCGUGGACACGUGUGUACCGUGUUCAGAGAGAUAUCCCGAUGCCUCUAGUCAGCUCUGGAGUGGAGCACGGGAACCUGAGAGAACUUGCCUUGGCCAGGAUGAAAGAUCUUGGGACACAGUGUCGUGAUGUAAGGACAAGAGAGGUUGGAAUUCAAGAAAUCCACCAUAAAGUGAGACCAUAUCAGAUUGAAUUAGUUAGAAGAGAUUACGUGGCUAACGGUGGCUGGGAGACCUUCCUGUCCUACGAAGAUCCAGAGCAGGAUAUUCUCGUUGGCCUCCUGCGACUGCGGAAGUGUUCAGAGGAGUCAUUCAGACCUGAGCUGAAAGGAGGCGUUUCCAUUGUGCGGGAACUGCACGUCUAUGGGAGCGUGGUCCCUGUGAGCAGUCGGGAUCCUUCAAAAUUUCAACACCAGGGAUUUGGUAUGUUACUAAUGGAAGAGGCAGAAAGAAUAGCCAAGGAGGAGCACGGGUCAUGGAAAAUUGCCGUAAUUUCAGGCGUUGGCACAAGGAACUACUACAGGAAGAUCGGCUACGAGCUGGAAGGGCCUUACAUGGUGAAAAGGCUGGACUGACACCGCAGGAGGUCCUCGCCCCGGCCAGCUGCUGGGGGGAGAAGAUUCAUCCUGGAAAGAAAGCUCAAGGUGACAGACGUAAGCUAAAAACCAAAGCCUGCCAACUGCGAAGGACUCGCUUCUGCCGGAGCCCACGGCAGCAAAUCGGGCAUCUCCCCUGGGGAGAGGAGAUCUGGGAUUGAGAGGCUGGGGAUGUUUCGCGCGCCUCGUUACCUGCGUAAGCCUGCCGUGUCCCUGGGACGGGCUCUGAUGCGUUGCGAGAGAGGGCUGAAGCGUAGGUGAACUGAAAGCUCUGAGUUUGGGGACCCUGUUUAACAGCCUCGUGAGAAAACCAUCUAUUUUCGUCUGCGGCGCUGUCAGCGGGCUUUUAGCGUUUCAGCAUUGAAAUUGUGUGGGUUAUUCUGCUACGCAAAUGACUUCUUUCUCUGUGUGCAUUUAUUUGUGCUCCUCUCUGUCCAUCCCAGGCGAUGCCGUUUGAUCCUUUUACAGUAGGAGACCAUGAGGAUUGGAAGCCGUUACCUUGCUAGCGGUAGGAAUUGAGAUUAAAACUUAAAGUGAAUCUUUACAGGGACACACAACCGUGGAGUAACUGAGGGUAGAAGGGACCUCUGAGGUCUCCAGUCCAACCCCACUCAAAGCAGGGUCGCAAUUCGAUCAGGAUGGCGACGCUUGAUUAUCUCCAAGGGUGGAGAUACUCAGUGGAGGCGGAUGGAGAGUCCGCACUGCCUAAGUCCCUGUUCCAGUAUUUGACUACCCAUAUGUUGAAAAAGUUUUUUACUAAUAUCCAAUUGGAGUUCAUGGUGUUUCAACUUGUGCCUGUUGCCUCCUGGCCUGUCGCUGUGCACCUCUGGGGGGGGGGGGG